AUGAUUAAAUGUUAUUCCUGCAAUGAUUAUGAUAUCGAUAUCAUGACUUCUAUUGAUGAUUCAAAGCGUUCUUUAGUAGUUAUGGCUGAUUCAAGAGUUCGCAAGAAUGCAACAGAACCAAUAAAAACAUACUCAUUCAUUCGUGGAAGUUACGAUUCAAUAUUAACCAGAACAGUGAAUGAUAUAUUAAAUGAUUUGAAUAUUAAGGUAAGAGUUGAACAGAAGAACGAAGAAAUAAAGACUAUCAUGAAUGAAAACAAAGAUGUAAACAUUGACGAUAAACUUGCCCAGAGCAUAGUUGAUGGCAUCAGUGAUUUUGAAGUACAUAAUGACGGUGGAAACAUGAAUUUAGAAAAAGAAGUAACAUUAUUCACACUGUUUCAAGCAAUUAAUUUGUUACCGGAUCAUUUGAUUAAUGAAGCAUACGAUAACGUUUAUAACUUCUGCAGUUUAACAGAAAAUGCUAAAAGUAAUUUUGAAAAAGCACGUAGUAGAUAUGCACAUUUAAUGACUUCUCCAUUUGUUUUGGUGAAGAUUCUAAAACUAUAUCAAAAAGAAUAUUAUGAUGAAUACGUUUUACCUUUAUUACGUAAGCCAAAAAUAACAUUUGAUAUAAAACUUGAUGAUUCAUUCUUGAUAACAGAUAUUAGACGCAAGGCUGAAAAUCAUCAGUAUAAAAACAGUUCUGAAGUAAUUGAGGAUUUAUCACGUGUAAUCCGUUUUGUAGAUUGUGGAAACAAAUACUUCAUUCAGAAAGAUUACAACAUACACGACAAAAUGAAUCAAAUAUCAUUCGUUCUUCAAUCAAACAUGAAAGAGUCACUCAAAAUGAUUAAAUUAUUUAAAGAAGAAGGUAAAACCAUAACAGCAUGGGACGUACUAUUAAAUCAAUUAUCCUCAUUAACCGUUAAGGGUGUUUGCUUUAAAUCUGAUUCCCCAGAUGUUUUCUCAACGUUUCAGGGUUAUAAAUACAACAUUCUUGAAAAGCCUGAUUACUCAAAAAUUGAAAUGUUUAUGAAUUUCAUUAAAGAAGCCAUUUGUGAUAAUAACGAUGAAGUGUAUAAAUACCUUCUCGGCUGGAUUGCAUCAAUGAUUCAACAUCCUGGAAUCAAGAAUGAAACAGCAAUUAUUUUGAAAGGACUUCAGGAAACAGGUAAAAACAGAUUUACAGACAUUAUUUCUGAACUUCUCGCCGGUUAUUCAAUCAAAAACAUUACUGAAAUAAGUGAGCUAACGGGUAAUUUCAAUUCAGUAGUUGAGAAUAAAAUGUUUCUUGUACUUAAUGAACUCAAGAAUGUAGGUGAAGAUAGACUCGCAAACUUCAACGCUUUGAAAUCAAUUAUUACGGAUAAUCAAAUAAGAAUUACUGAAAAGAAUCAACCCAGAAGAACAGCACAGAACGUUGCAAACUUCAUUUUCGUAACUAACAACGUCUACCCUGUCAAAAUUGAAGUUGGAGACAGAAGAUACGUAGUUUUAAGAGUUAAUGGUAAAUUCAAGGGUCAAUUUGAUUAUUUCAAGAAUUUGAUGAAUUCAUGCACAAAGGAAUUUUAUGAUAACCUUUUAAC